CCCAAGACGCAUUCGUACCCCUAUGCCGCGUGAUCAUCAGCUCCGAUGCUCCCUCACAAGGCCCGUCGGGUCUGUGACUCGCCAGCGCCAUGCACCUCGGGCUUGACGGCCAGCCGAUCCGUUCGCGUGCCGGCGUCGGUGGGUGACCCCCUGUCUGCGGUGGAGACGCCCGCGUUGGUCUGCGACCUUGACAAGGCCGAGACCAACAUACGCCACUUCGAGGACACCAUGAGAGAUUUCCCCAGCGUGCGGUUGCGACCACACUUCAAGAGCCACAAGUCGGUGGAUCUGUGCAAGGUGCAGCUGCAGUCGCCGCUGGUCUCCGGCUUCUGCUGCCAGAAGACGUCCGAGGCAGAGGCGAUGGCAGAAGCGGGCAUCAACGACAUCUUGCUCACGAACGAAGUGGUGGUGGAGCGGAAGAUCAACCGGCUGCUGGGGCUGCUGCAGCGGCACGAGACGCUGCGCCUCGCCGUGCUGGUCGACGACCCCUCUGAGGCCAGCAAACUCAGCUCAUUUGCGGCCCAUGCGCAAGUGGAGCUUGGCGUGUUGGUCGAGUUGGACUGCGGGGGGGGGCGCUGCGGCGUGACCAGCGUGCAAGAGUGCGUGUCGCUGGCUCAGACGUUGCAUGCGCUGCCCGCGCUGCGUUUCCGGGGCAUCCAAGCUUACCACGGCACCGCACAGCACUUGCGCACGCCACAGGAGCGCAAAGCGGCGAUCGAUAGCGUGCUGCUUACGCUGCGCGAGGUGCGAUCGCGCCUCAGCGAGCUGGGGGUGCCGUGCGCGGAGAUCACGGGUGGUGGCACGGGCACCUACCUGCACGAGGCGGCGAGCGGCGUGUACACGGAGGUGCAGGCUGGCAGCUUCCGGUUCAACGACGUGGACUACGGCGCCAACCAGGACGCGCACGGAGUGCAGCUGUCCGACUCCGAGUGGCAGUUCAGCCUCAGUGUGCUCUCCACCGUGAUGAGCCGCAACGAGCGGCAGCGAAAGUGCGUCACCGACGCGGGCAUGAAGGCGCACAGCGUGGACAGUGGGCCACCAAGGCUGCUGCACGCAGUGGAGGGCGCAGAGGUGCGCAACGGCGGCGACGAGCACCUCAUCAUCACGUAUCCCGAGGGAAUCGCCGUGCCACAGCUUGGCAGCCAGGUGUCGGUCGUGCCUGGACACUGCGAUCCCACCGUGAACAUGCACGAUUUCCUUGUGGCUACACGUCAGGGCGUCGUGGUGGGCGUAUUCCCUCUCGCACGCGGCCCCGGCUUCUGAUCAGGCCACGGCCCAUUGCUUGAUGGAGCUUGCGGCGGGCAGGUCCGUGCGGCUUUCCAGGCUUGCUUGGAAAUCAGUUGCGUCG